GAACUAAUGUCCAACAGCAGCUCCAUCACCCACUUCCUCCUGCUGGCAAUCUCAGACACGUGGCAGCUGCAGCUCCUGCACUUCUGGCUCUUCCUGGCCAUCUACCUGGCUGCCUUCCUGGGCAAUGGCCUCAUCAUCACCACCAUAACCUGGCACCACCACCUGCACACCCCCAUGUACUUCUUCCUCCUCAAUCUCUCCCUUCUUGACCUAGGUGUCAUCUGCACCAUCGUGCCCAAGUCCAUGGCCAAUUCCCUGUGGCACAGCAGGGACAUCUCACACACAGGCUGUGCUGCUCAGCUCUUUUUCUUUGUCUUCCUGGUUGCAGCAGAGUUUUCUCUCCUCACCAUCAUGGCCUAUGACCGCUACGUUGCCAUCUGCAAACCCCUGCACUAUGGCACCCUCCUGGGCAGCAGAGCUUGUGCCCACAUGGCAGCAGCUGCCUGGGCCACUGGCUUUCUCUAUUCUCUUCUGCACACAGCCACUACAUUUUCCCUGCCCCUCUGCCAGGGCAAUGCUGUGGGUCAGUUCUUCUGUGAGAUCCCUCAGCUCCUCAAGCUCUCCUGCUCCAGCUCCUACCUCAGGGAAGCUGGGCUGCUCUUGCUUAGCUUACUGGCAGCAUUUGGCUGUUUUGUCUUCAUUGUGGUGUCCUAUGUGCAGAUCUUCAGGGCAGUGCUGAGGAUGCCCUCUGAGCGGGGACGCCACAAAGCCUUUGCCACCUGCCUCCCUCACCUGGCUGUGGUCUCCCUGUUUAUCAGCACGGGCACAUUUGGCUACUUGAAGCCCUCCUACUUCUCCUCCCCAUCCCUGGAUCUAGUCUUGGCAAUUAUGUACUCGGUGGUGCCUCCCGCAGUGAACCCUCUCAUCUACCGCCUGAGGAACAAUGAGCUGAAGGAUGCCCUGAGGACACUGAUAGCUGGAUGGUUCCAGAAGCACUGA